AUGCUGUCAGCGUAUCCAGUUUUUUAGAAAUUGUACGGAUAAUCCAUUGGAAUGGAAAUUUGCUGCAGUUGAAACAUCUAUACCUUGCGGUAUCUUUUACAUGCACAAAAACAAAGACACAGGUGUUUCCGACCAAAUGGAUUAAUGGAUUAAUCAACGAAAGACUGUGCCAUGUGGGUAUCAGCCAUUUUAUGUGAGCCUCUUUCCCAUGAGAAUAGCUACAACAAACAGCGGUUGGUAACGAAAACAACUUAUUUGAAGGAUUGAGGUGAGAUUCGCGGGCCAAAGAUUACUAUAUUGGGUGGAGACACAGUGGACACGCUCUACGAAAAUUUCAACACAUCUGAAAUGACUGUUGCUGAAGAUUAUUGCUGUUGAAUUUUAAUAAAGUAUGGCUAAUCUACGGGGAAUUGUGUCAGCUCUGAAAAUCAAUCAAUGUUCUCGAUUCGACGAAUUACCCAUGCAUGGAUAAAGGAAAGUGUUUGGGAUCAAUGAAAGGUUUUCAUCUUGAACUGUAACGUAUUUCAAAUGCAAAAUAACAGCCACAGAAGCAGACAGAUCCUUUCAAAACAGAAAAAAUGGAGGGGGCAAAGGUUUACGGGGAAAAGAAUAUGAUGCAUUUAGAACUUCAAGGAAAGGAAGAAUAUUUGAAUAAAGCUGCGUCAGACAUUGAGGAAGACGAUGAUACGGCCUAUGGACCUUUUGCGAGUUUCGACAAAUCAGUUCCCGAUGGAAUUCUUCUGGAAAGCCAACAUAAAACAACACAAUUGAUUGUUAAAAGAGCAAGCGGGAAAACAAUCACAAGACUAAAAAAGCCCAGAGACCUUUACGCACUAGGCAAACAUUUCUCAGCACAAAUGAAUCAAAGAUGGCCUGCAGAAGUCCCAUUAGUCGCUAAGAAGCCGAGCCAUAUUUAUUUCGCUCCUUCCAGGCCAGAGACGCUUUAUAAGCCAGUCAAAGAUUCAAAACCCUUGUUAAAAACUUCACAUAUUCUUGGAAAAGUCGUCUACGACAAUUCACCGGAUCUUAAUAUCAAAUAUUUCACGAGAUCGAAAUGCAGUGGUAGAACCAUACAUGCCAAGCCACACUACCGAUUGCAAGGACCUGACGACAAUACACUGCUUUUUGAAUCGAGGUUUGAGAGUGGAAAUCUGAUGAGAGCCAUUAAGGUUGGAGAUUAUGACUACGAGCUGUGGCUUCGCUUCGAUCUGUACACUAACAAACACACUCAGUGGUAUUACUUCAUGGUGCAAAAUGCGAAACCUGGAGUUCAGUACAGGUUCACCAUCAUGAAUUUUGUCAAGGCGGGCAGUCUUUACAGUGAUGGCAUGCGGCCCCUUGGGUAUUCUGAAAUCGAUGCAGAAAACAAAGGAAUUGGUUGGGUUAGAACUGGAACAAACAUAAGAUACUAUAGAAAUGAUAUCAAGUUUUUCGACGGCAUCAAAGAAAGAAACUACUAUUCGCUGACAUGGAGUUGUUCGUUUCAAAACGAAAGUGACACUUACUACUUUGCCCAUUGCUAUCCUUACACAUAUUCCGAUCUUCAGGACUAUUUAGCGUUGCUUGCAAGUGACCCUGCCCGGUCUAGAUGCUGCAAGCAGCGGAUUCUUUGCCGGACUUUGGCUGGCAAUCUCGUUUACGUGCUGACAAUUACAGCUCCUUCGAAGAAGAAGAACGAAGCCGAGGUGAAAAAGGCAAUUGUCAUCACGGCUCGUGUUCAUCCUGGUGAGACGAAUUCCAGCUGGAUGAUGAAGGGUUUCAUUGAUUACCUCACCAGCAAUGCUCAAGAUGCUAAGGUUUUACGAGAAAACUUUAUUUUCAAAAUUGUCCCCAUGCUGAACCCAGAUGGAGUCGUUGUUGGGAACUAUCGAUGUUCAUUAGCUGGAAGGGACUUGAACCGAAACUACAAAACUGUAUUGAAAGAUUCCUUUCCGUCAAUCUGGCACACGAGGGCCAUGAUCAAAAAGCUACAAGAAGAGCGAGAAAUUUUGAUGUAUUGUGACCUUCAUGGACACAGUAGAAAGAAGAAUAUCUUUAUAUAUGGAUGCGAGAACAGGCGUGAGAAAAAUAGAAGAUUUUUCAGCAGAGUCUUUCCAGCAAUGCUUGCCAAAAAUGCGUCUGACAAGUUUUCUCAGAACUACUGUCGUUUUAAAGUGCAGAAAAACAGGGAAGGAACUGGAAGGAUAUUUAUGUGGAAUUUUGGCAUCGCUAACAGCUUUACAAUGGAGGCCUCGUUUUGUGGUAGCUCUCUGGGAAAAAGGAAAGGCCAUCACUUCUCUGUUGCUGAUUAUGAAUCAAUGGCUUAUGAAUUUUGUGAUACCUUACUUGAUUAUUGCGAUCCUGAUCAAACAAAAUUUUACUAUAUCCUGUCUGAAAUCGAAGGCUGCAUUAGGAAAGCAAUUCUGGAUAAGUUGAACACUGAUGACGUCAUAGACGAUGAUGACGUGGACAUCGAAAGCAAUCUUGAUUUGCUCUCUGAGAUUGAAUCCGACUCAGGAGGUUCCGAUAGUUCGGUUUCUGAUGGCCUUCCCAUGCAACUUCUGCACGCCAGUGUCCCAGAGUUGUCAAGAAAGAAACGUCUGAAGACGCGAAAGGAAAGAAACAAAAACUUUACAAAGAAUACGAAGAUCGAGAAAAGUUUCAAUGAAAACUUAGAAAUGCAGAACUCAAAAACAUCAAAUAACCCUAAGAACGAUAAGAAAGAGACAGAAACUAGGACAGUUAAUUCUCCAAAGGGACGAAUGAGUUAUACAAAGCGGGGCUCCUCCGCAACAGGACGUGUUGUGCCUCAUUAUGUUAAAGACAGAGUUGUAGAGAAAACCAAGUUGAAGAAAGAUUACCUAGAGAUGUUGACAACGUCUUUUGUGAGCACUGGGGCUGACGAGUUGAUCGAUUUACAAGAUAUACCUCAUUGCAGAUUCACGGCUGGGUUAUCUACCAUUUACCAAGGUCAAAAAUCUUGCGCCACUUGUGAAAGAUGCUGCAGAUCAUUGUCGGAAGGAAGUGAUGAAGAACGGAGUAUUCUAAAUGUUAGGGCCAGGCCAAGCGACCAGCUCUCAGAUGUAUACCGACAGCUUUAUGGAACUGGGCACAACGCCAAUACAGUGCUGGACCUUGCUCGCAGGAUUACGGUGUACAACCAUAGACUCAGCCAAUCUGUUUCGCGAAGACGCAGGUCAAAAACACUCUCACCCAACCAACUCAGGUCAUUAUGGCAGCGGAAAAUGAAUAACCAGUAUGAAGACCUUGAGUUGUCUGUCACGUCGUCUGAAAGCAAAGUGAGCCCAGAAAUGACGAAAUGGAACAGAAAUGCGAAAGCUUCUUCACCAGGGCGUCGUCACUUCGAGAUCCGUCAAGAGAAACGAUCCAAUGUAAACGGUUUGUAUUCACACAGCAGAAUUGAAAAGCAUUUUGAGAUUAAAAAAACUUCAUCGUACCCUGGAAAUGGUUUAAAAAUUAGUCAAAAAGAUUUGAAGUCGAAUUCAAGUGAAUACGCUACGAAUCUUGUUGGAGAUGGCGUUACCGGACAACUGGCUACAAGAAGAUUACCGCAUUUGAAGAAGUUCGAAGUGGAGGAUUCAGCGACUGAUGGAAGUCGAACAAACAGUGUUGACAACAUGUUCACCUUUGGGGAAGCAUUAAGGCAACCAGCCCAGCCAGAGCCAGUCCGGGAGCAGCUUUCACUGCAGUCACGUGAUGCAACUCGAAAUUAUUUGCGAAACGAUAAUGGCAGCGUUAGAAAAGCAGCAGAGAAGCUUUCAUCGCAAAACGAGCACUGCGAAGUUGCCAUGCUGAAGGAGAAAAUGCUGUUAUGUGGGGCAACAGGGUUAGUGAGCUACGUGCUGGAUGAUGAUGAAACAAAGAGAAAGGAUUUGAUUGAAAAAGCUCUUUCUUCGGCAACAAAAACGAAUCAUUUUCUGACAAUGCGCACGAAUAUUAACGACGAAAAUUUACAAAUUUCACCAGAUGAUAGGAAAUCUCCCAAAGGAACACUCGAAACUUUGAAUCAAACUGAAGGAAGAUUCACGUUGCUGGAAACAGAAAAACGUACGCCCAAGAUGAGCUCAACGAAGUUAGCUGUGAGUGAAGACACGUCUCCUUUGCUCCAGCGAGGGAACUCUGAUAUACAAAUUGCUAGCAAUAAGGUUAGGAAGCUUUUAAACAAGCAAGAAACUUUGAUUGGAAAGGAACCUUGCAGUCCUGGCUUGAUGAGGUCAAAGACGAGUGAGGAUGUUUCACGACAAGGACUUGUCUCACUGAAUGUUAACUUGAACAUAAUGCCUAUUGGUUCAAGCAAUGUCGAUACUGCAAAAACAAACCAAAAACAGGAGAACGUCCUUUCAAAUUGUCGCAUAAAUUGCCAUGAUUCGUCUACAGAAAACUUUGCAACAAGAAUGGAGCAAACAAUAACUUGGCUUCCUGAAGAAACGUCGUCAUUAUCAAUCACAGAAGGAAUCAAGAACGCAUGCGCAAAACCAUUGUUGCUGGAGUAUAGUGGAAAGAAUCUUGCAUCAACUCCGUUUUCCAACCGAACCAAAACAUGUAAAUUGAAUCCGCCUCAAUUAGGGGGGCUUGGGAGAAUGUCAAGAGAUUCAACGUUGUAGAGGUGAAAGUAAUAUUCAAAUCAGAGGAUGUAUCCAUAUACAAAUCAAAGCAGACAGUGACUUCAACAAUUUCACAUUCUCUCUUGUUCAUUUUUAUCUCUAGUAUAUCAGGCUUCCUUUGGUUUAGCUGUCGCAAUGCAUUUCUGAUGUGUGGAAAAGCUGUUUCUACCAUUUUGUUGACAAAUAACGUUGAUGUUGAAUUCUUUUUUUGUGUGGAUUUUUUGGCAUAAGAAUUCUACUAUCCGAUCGUGCCUCCGCGAGUAUAAAUCUUUAUACUUUCUGCAGGAAUUCAUUAAGUGUACCAUUGAUUCAGUCCGUUCAUUACACAUUGAACAUCUUUUAUCGUGAUCCUUAUUCCACAUAUGAAUUAGCUGAUUACAAGGAAUUUGAUUCAUACGUGCACGUAGAAUAAACUUGACUAAACUACCAGAGAGUUUCCAUCCGUAAUAAAUUUGAUGCGAAUUUUUUUUGUCUAUAUUCUCAAUUGCUAUAAAACUUCCUUGCAUGCGGAGCUCACAGCUUUUAAUGAUAUCCUGUUUCUCCAAUUCUCCCUCGAUUUCUCUUUUCAAAUCUUUCCUUUUCAACUCCUAGCCAUUAACGACAACCACAGCAAAACCACAGCGAAAUAAAAUAGAGAGUCUGGUCUAGUGCGCCCCAUUCUCGUUCUGGUUUGCUGAUAUUAACCAAUCAGGAGCGAGUGUACAGAUUUCUGUACGUUCAAAGGUCACGGCGAAACAAUGAACGUAGCUCUGGUGUAAAACAUUGAACAGAACAGAACAUAAAUAAAUGCUAGCGACUGUAACGAUUUAGUUUGAAGAUGUUGUUAUAACUGUACUCAAAGAAUAUUUUCCGCAUGUUAUGGAACUUAACACAGAACAGCAUUGAAAGCCUUGUUUGUAGAGAGAAGAGACACCUUCGCCAUAUUGCCAACUGGCUUUGGAAAGUCUCUGAUAUUUAUUAAGGCUGUGCCUCUCCUUGGAAAGAAAUUAGGCCUUGUAGUGAAAUGCAGUAAAUAAGAAACACCGCAAGGCGCCGAGAACAAACAACAACAAACACAAGUAAAUCAGUUAUGGCUAAUAUUUCACCCGGCAUACGGGACUUCGCUUGUCGUAUUGGCCAUAUUUGCUGUGGUGAACUUCCAACGUGAUGAUUCUAACCGCCGCGGUGUCCAAGCGCGCUGCCUUCACAGUGAGGAAGUAGACUUUGAAAGUACACAAAAUUUAUGAGGAAAAUUACAAAAGACUUAUUUUAAGUUGUAUACGAAAUUUAAUAAUGAUUAACAUUAAAUAACUGCAUUGUGCUAACUUUAAUUUCAUGCUUCGCACAUGUUUUUUGCUACCAAAUGGCGUUUUAAACCUGAUUUGAUUGGAAUCUUGAGGCAGAAAAGUCUAUUACCGCUGUAUUAAUAAUGUCGACUUUACAGAACUAUAUAAAACACAUUUGCUUUGUGAUUUCCCAAAACUCCUCUGACUACUGAUUAUCUUUGUUAUUUAUCCGACAGUCUUGUUUCACAGGCCUAGUCUGUUAAAUAGACUUCAGUUCUUUCAAGUAAGUUCACCAGAACGAGAAUGGGGCGCACUAGACCAGACUCUAUUAUUUUAUAUAGUGAGUCUGGUACCCAGGGUAGCUCUCCUCGGACGCGCCCACAUCCUGAGAAGAACGUUGUCCAUCAAGUGAACACUGCUCAAUAGUGUGAAGACUAAUAAAACACUAACAUGAAGCAAUUUAAGAGAUUGCAUUAUGGAAGCCAUUGACUGCAAGCGUUACAGGCGCAUUGAUUUUCGAAAUACCAAUCUUUUACAGAACUUGGAAU